AUGUGCCAGGGGCGCGAGUACGUCAUCGAUAUGGACGAAACGGUUGGGCGCACGCUGAGCCCUGGCGAGGUGGACUAUUAUGACCUACCCUUGAACACUAUGAAUGUGGGCGACUGGGCAAGGGGGAUCUACGUGAAGUUCGCCUUAAUGGCCCCGGAGAAUGCGCCCACUGGCCACGCGUGCCUCGUCGCCAAGGCCAAUGGGUACCCCACGCUCGUGGAUCACGACCACAGAUUCACCACCAGCCAGGCUUUUGCCGGCAGCACGCUUUUCAGGGUAAACGGGGACGACAUUCGCCCAGGCGUGCUGGUAUUCGCUGUAUUCAAUGUCGACUACUUCAAGCACUCCGACAUCAGGUACAGCAUCAGGAUAUCUUCUCAAGGGGGUUCCUUUUCGAUCAGUCCGUACAUCAGCAUUGCGCUGGGCAUCACCGUCUCCUUGUUUCUCUGCGUGCUUGUCAGCCUUUGCAAGAGAUUCCUGCUGCGCACCUCCUUGUGGCCAUGGACCCAAAGAGUCCUGCCUGGAUCCGCGAGCAAUCAGGAAGCACUGCCGCCUCGACCACAAUCUCGUGGAUUGCCCAGGGAAAUUGUGGAGUCGUUCCCAUGCCACGAGUUUGUUCCAAACGAACACGCAAAAAGGCACAAGAACGAUUCAGAGAUUCUGAGCGGCGACCAGGACAGCCUGAGUAACACAGAAGACAUAAAGCUGGAAACGGCGCCAAAUGAGAAUAUGGAAGACGGGGAGAAGGCAAAAUCAGAAGCAAACUGGAGUGCCGAGAGGUUGGUGCUGUAG